AUGUCAAAAUUGCGUUUCUUUUUGGGUACUAAAUUUGAUAAAUUACUCCGUGAAGAAAAAUUGAAAGAAAAAUAUGAAUAUUUUUCAAUUCCUUUAAAUAUUAAAAAAUUUGAUGAUUCGUUGAAAGAACGUUUAAACGUCUUGUCAGAAUAUGUACAGGAAAAAGAAAAAAUUGAAAAAGAUGGUGAUGAGAAAUCGUUUUUGAAAUUGCUCUUUGAUACAGAAGUUUUGAACAUUAAUACAUUGAAUGAAAAGCCACUGGCUAUUUUGGAUAAAGCUGAUAAAGGGAAAAAUAUUGAAAAUCCUUUUGAUUUAUUUUUCUGUGAUUUUAAUAAACAAUUGAAAGAUGGUGCUGUUAUUCUCAACAAGAAAGAUUUUGACGAAAAUGUAUUCAAAGGAAGUGAAUACUCCGUAAAUCCGAGGAAUUUAUUAGAAUUAAAGGGUUUAGACGAAUUAAUUAGAAAAUCAUCUUUCCUUUCACAAAACAUUAGAAAUCGUUAUCAUCAAACAAGUAUUUUGAUUCGUUUAGCUAUGAAAGUCGAAGAAAAUAAUUUUAAAAAUUCAUUGACUAGAACAGGCAAGGUUUAUAAAAUAAUGCCAAUUGGAAGAAUUAAUUGUGAUAAUACUAUCGAGAUUGAAAAUAUUUAUGUAAAAAUAUUUGAGACAGAGAAAACAAUACAAAUUGAGUCAGAAACACCUAUGGCAAUUGUUGAAUUAAUUGAAGAAGUUAAAAUUGAAAGAGAAGAAAACAAAGAAGCUGAACGUAAACAAAUGUUGGAGAAAUAUGAUGAUUUUAUUGUUGAAUUAAAAGAAGAAUGGUUUAAAGCUCUUUUUAAUCAUUUACUUGAUAAUCGCAUCAUAUACAUAAAGGAUAAAGAAAAGAAGGUGACAAUUAAAUUAAGUAAGGAAAAGGAAGCAGAAAAGGAAGAAAAGAAAGAAAAGGAAGAAGAAAAGGAAGAAAAAAAGGAAGAAAAAAAGGAAGAAGAAAAAGGAAGCAGAAACGGGAAAAGAAAAGGAAUCAAACAAUACAUUAUAGAUAAAGUUAAAAAAUUAUUUAAGAAAGAAGAAAAAGGAGAAGCAAGUACUAGCAAUAAAGUUGAGACUAUUCACGAUAAACAAGACGAACAUAUUCUUUAUUUUGACAAAAACAGUGUAAUUAGAAAAACAUUUUUGUUAAAAAUUUAUGGAAAAGAAAAUGCAGUUAAAUUGGUUAAAGGAAAAAAAGAUUCGGCCAUUUUUGUGAAUAUAGCUGAUGAAACAUAUGAAGUGAAUAAAAAUAAAAUAAAUAUAGGCAAGUUUUUUGAGAUAAGAGAAUUUUGCACGGUGAUAAUGUCACCUCGAGUGAUUUUAAGUAGCACCUUACCAUUAGUUCAAAUAAGUCCGAAAUAA